GGGCACCUGGCAUGGCCUUCGACUCCGCCAUGUGUCAGGCUUCUUGCUCCCCUCAAGCGCUGGUCGGGAGAGCUCCAGAGUCCUGCUGGUCUCUCGGGGCCUGGCCGGAGUGAGUCAGUAUGUGUGUGCAGAGCGGAGUGGCCACUUUCUUCCUUCUGUUUAUCAUUCAGCCUGGGGACUUGGGAGAAGGACGAGCCCUGGGGCCAAAGGAUCCCAGCAAGGCCCGAUUCCUGGGGCUACCAGUAAAAGGGAGGGUAAACGGUGGCCGCGGGCCCGAGCGGCGCGGCCAUGGGCCCAGGGGUGCGCGUGCUGCUGCUGCUGGGCUUGCUGCACUGGGCCGGGGGCGGCGAGGGCCGGAAGACCUGGCGGCGCCGCGGGCAGCAGCCGCCCCCGCCGCGACCCGAGGCGGCGCCGGCGGCCGGGCAGCCCGUGGAGAGCUUCCCGCUGGACUUCACGGCCGUGGAGGGCAACAUGGACAGCUUCAUGGCGCAGGUCAAGAGCCUGGCGCAGUCCCUGUACCCCUGCUCGGCGCAGCAGCUCAGCGAGGACCUGCGCCUGCACUUCCUGCUCAACACUUCGGUGACCUGCAACGACGGCAGCCCCGCGGGCUACUACCUGAAGGAGUCCAAGGGUAGUCGGCGCUGGCUGCUCUUUCUGGAAGGCGGCUGGUACUGCUUCAACCGCGAGAACUGCGACUCCCGCUAUGACACCAUGCGGCGCCUCAUGAGCUCCAGGGACUGGCCGCACACGCGCACAGGCACCGGGAUCCUGUCCUCGCAGCCUGAGGAGAACCCCCACUGGUGGAACGCCAACAUGGUCUUCAUCCCUUACUGUUCCAGUGAUGUGUGGAGUGGGGCUUCCCCCAAAUCCCAGGAGAACGAGUACGCCUUCAUGGGGGCUGUCAUCAUCCAGGAGGUGGUGCGGGAGCUCCUGGGCAAGGGGCUGAGCGGGGCCAAGGUGCUGCUGCUGGCCGGGAGCAGUGCCGGCGGCACAGGGGUGCUGCUGAACGUGGACCGCGUGGCCGAGCAGCUGGAGGAGCUGGGCCACCCGGCCAUCCAGGUGCGGGGCCUGGCCGACUCGGGCUGGUUCCUGGACAACAAGCAGUACCGGCGCACGGACUGCAUCGACACCGUCACCUGUGCGCCCACGGAGGCCAUCCGCCGCGGCAUCAGGUACUGGAACGGGGUGGUCCCGGAGCGCUGCCGGCGCCAGUUCAAGGAGGGCGAGGAGUGGAACUGUUUCUUCGGAUACAAGAUCUACCCGACCCUGCGCUGCCCGGUCUUUGUGGUGCAGUGGCUGUUUGAUGAGGCCCAGCUGACUGUGGACAACGUGCACCUCACGGGGCAGCCGGUGCAGGAGGGCCAGUGGCUGUACAUCCAGACCCUGGGCCGGGCACUGCGGGACACCCUGAAGGACGUGGCGGCUGGCUUCGCCCCUGCCUGCCUCUCCCACGAGAUCAUCAUCCGGAGCCACUGGACGGACGUGCAGGUGAAGGGGACCUCACUGCCCCGGGCGCUGUACUGCUGGGACCGGAGCCUGCACGACAGCCACAAGGCCGGCCGAGCCCCCCUGAAGGGCUGCCCGGUGCACCUCGUGGACAGCUGCCCGUGGCCCCACUGCAACCCCUCGUGCCCCACCAUCCGGGACCAGCUCACGGGCCAGGAGAUGAGCGUGGCGCAGUUUCUCAUGCACAUGGGCUUCGACGUGCAGACCGUGGCCCAGCAGCAGGGACUGGAGCCCAGCAAGCUGCUGGGGAUGCUGGGCAGCGGGGCCUAGGGGGGCCCCCUGCCUCUCCGAGGGUCACCGGGGCCCCAGCCCACCCCCGACCCAGGUCCGGACCCCUGAGUCCCGGAGCCUUCGCCGCCCACUCCCACCACCUUCAGGGGCCCAGCCAGGGGCCGCAGACCCCCGAUCCCCCGCCCCUCCCCGGCCCCAGCCCACAGUGGGGAGGGGGAGCCGGAAGCACUGGAUUCCUCAGCCCCCCGGCCCAGCCCCCACACCCUUUUGUAUUAUUUUAUAAAGUGACUUUUUUAUUACUUUGAUUUUUAACAAAGGAAAUUAAGCAAGAAAUAUAUGGUGGAAUGAUAUUGUUUUGUAACGUUAUUUUUUUUAAUAAUGAAAUAAAGAUGACCAAAGAGCUUG